GGGGCAGAGCGGCUCGGUGAGGUCGCACACCGCCAGGCUCCGCAGCCGCGGCAGUGCCUUCCCGCGGCCCCCCCGCCAGCGGCGGACACCGGAGGGGUGCUGUGGGUGGGUCCUCCCUUCCCGUCCCAAUCUUCUCCUCCCGCUUCCCCCGCCGCGGGGGAGACGAGGCUGGAGGGGAAAGAAAGCGCUCCCCAGGGCUAGGCAGCAGCCCGCCGGGGCGGAGGGAGGCGGCGGGGGUCCGGCGGAGCCCCCCGGCAGUGCCUGCGGGGCGGGAGGGCGCCGGGAGGGGAGAGGCUGGGGAGCAUCUCCGAGCCGGGGCUGACUCUCCAGGAGCGAGGGAGGGACGGAGAGAGAGAGGGAGAAACUACCGCCUCUCUGCUCUACUCCCAUCCCCAAAUUUCAAGGGGUGGGGUGGGGAGAAGGGGAAUAGAGGACCUAAGCCGGGACCUCCCAGCGGGAGCGAUUGAAAAGGAGCCAAAGCAGGCGUCGGGGAGGGGGAAGCGACAUCCCGAGGAAAGUCCCCCUCCUCCGCUCGCCGGAGCCGCUCCGCGCCCGCCGCCCUCUCAGGAUGUGGGUGCCGCUGCUGCUGCUGCUGCCGGAGCUGCUCCCCGCCGUGCCGGCCCAGAAGCUCUCCGCCCUCACGUUUUUGAGAGUGGACCAAGACAAAGACAGAGAAUGCAGCCUGGACUGUGCAGGUUCCCCGCAGAAAUCACUCUGUGCAUCUGAUGGAAGAACUUUUCUGUCCCGGUGUGAAUUUCAACGAGCAAAAUGCAAAGACCCUCAGCUGGAAAUAGCCUACCGGGGCAACUGCAAAGAUGUUUCCAGAUGUGUGGCUGAGAGGAAGUAUACCCAGGAACAAGCUCGCAAGGAAUUUCAACAAGUGUUCAUCCCGGAAUGCAAUGACGAUGGCACAUAUAGUCAGGUUCAGUGCCAUAGUUACACUGGAUACUGCUGGUGUGUCACUCCCAACGGUCGCCCUAUCAGUGGUACUGCUGUGGCCCACAAAACUCCCCGGUGCCCAGGUUCAGUGAGUGAGAAGCUGCCACAACGAGAAGGUGCCGGAAAAACAGUCUCCUUGCAAAUCUUUUCCAUUCUGAAUUCAGAUGAUGCCUCAGCUCCCGCGCUGGAGACUCAGCCUCAAGGUGAUGAAGAAGAUAUAGCUUCUCGCUAUCCUACGUUAUGGACUGAGCAAGUAAAGAGUAGACAAAACAAAACCAAUAAAAGCUCAGCAUCAUCAUGUGAUCAAGAGCUUCAGUCAGCCCUGGAGGAAGCGAAGCAGCCCCAGAAAGACAAUGUGUUCAUUCCAGAGUGUGCUCAGGGCGGCCUCUACAAACCGGUGCAGUGCCAUCCUUCCACGGGCUACUGCUGGUGCGUUCUGGUGGAUACGGGACGUCCCAUCCCUGGUACAUCAACGAGGUAUGAACAACCUAAGUGUGAUAACGGUGCCAGAGCUCACCCAGCAAAAACAAAGGAUUUGUACAAAGGACGCCAGCUUCAAGGUUGUCCUGGGGCCAAGAAGAAUGAGUUCCUGACUAGUGUUUUGGAUGCAUUGUCCACGGACAUGGUGCACGCAGUUUCUGAUCCAUCGCUGUCCUCUAGCCGGGUUUCAGAGCCUGAUCCAAAUCACACUCUGGAAGAGAGAGUGGUCCAUUGGUAUUUCAAACAGCUAGAUAAAAAUUCCAGCGGUGACAUUGGCAAGAAAGAAAUCAAGCCAUUUAAGAGAUUCCUAAGAAAGAAAUCAAAACCCAAAAAAUGUGUGAAGAAGUUUGUGGAAUACUGUGACGUGAACAACGAUAAGUCGUUAUCCGUUCAAGAAUUAAUGGGCUGCUUGGGAGUAACAAAAGAAGAAGGUAAAGCAGAAACAAAGAAACGCCAUACAGCCCCUAAAACCAACACUGAGAGCACUUCAUCCAGCCGGCAGCAAGGUUCUAAGAAGCAGGGGUGAACAGCUUACUGAUCCAAGGCAGAUCUCUUUGACAUGUGGGAGAUUUCCUCACCAAAAGGCAAUAAAAACAACUGUAGUAUUUGCACUUUGUACUUAAAAAUGUAAAUUCACUUUGUAGAAAUGAAAUAUUUAAACAGACUUUUUUUUUUUUAAUCUGUGAAAAUGUAAUGGCUAGUUUUGAAAAAUUAUCACAUACAAUGUAUGUGCAUUCUUUUGUUUUCUGAAAUAUGUAAAACGUGUUGGAGAUGUAAAAGUUUGCAUUUAAACCAUCAUUUUUUUUUUUUUUUUAAAAUAGCUUUUUGGCAAACAGUAGCAUAAAAACCUGAUUCUAUGUAUUUUGGUCUCAAUAGUAUGCCUUGUUUUUCUUAAUCAAUACUGUCAUUUAAGUAGAGUUAUGCUGAAAAGUCUACUGUAUUCUCAGUUUUGUCCAAGCAGUGUUGGCUGUUGCAGGUUUGCAGGACCGAGGGAAGAGUGUAACUUGCUGUUUACUUGGUUUUGCAGUUUUUAACCGAACAGAUUUUUCAUCUAUGGCAAUACUUUAUUUCAUUUUGUUUAUAUUGUUCUUAUUUUGCUUCCCAAAGACGAUGCAAUGAGAGUGCAACCACUAAUGGAUUCAAAACAGUUCUUCUGCAGGUGGGGUAGUUGUAGAACCCCUGUUUGUUUUCACUUGGGUUAUUAAUGCAACAAACCAGCAAGGGGUAAGGUGGAUUGUAAUGUCACUCCAGUCUGGUUCAGCCUGGUCCUAAAAGCAUGGUUCUGUGGCCACUGCAAAACAGCAGCAGAGUUGAUAUGGGUCAGAAUUGUAAAUCUAACUAUAAGGAGAUAAGGAAGUCUAAACAGACCGUCCCACCUUUCCUUCCCUACACCUGGCUGCCCCCAUCAAUUCUUUGGUUUGCCUCGGGGUCCACCAGAGGUAAAGCUCAACAAAUUACAAACAGUUGCCGUCGGGAGGGGCUGCUCACGCUGCCGCUCCCCGAGGCUUUUUCCUUGCCGUCUGCAAGAACUUCUCACGAGUUUUCAUACCUUCUCUGUCAGCUUUCCUCCCAGUGCUUUUUUGUAUGUGUGCCUGAGGGGAAUAAGAACUUGUGGAUGUCAAGUUAGAGCUGGGGACCCAAAUAAAAAAGGUUCAGUUCUUGAACAACUGUGAGUUACAAGCAGCUGGGCUGAUCGAUGCAGUGGUAGGUGGGCUGCUGGCAUCUCGGAGCUGACAUGAAAAGGCAGGAAUGUUGCAACAAGCAGUGAUUUAAUUCUGGUUUGUUUAAAUAACGUGUGGGAUCUGACAUGUGACUAGCUAAUCGGAAUAGCACCCUGGCUUGGGCUUGUAGCUGGAAAAGCUUUUUUUGCAAAUAAAAAUGUUUCAUUUCCAUGUCAACAUAUGCUGAAGUGAUAGGAAACACUGUAUGCGGUGGAAUUGUACCCCAGAAAUUGUGUACUCUAAGCUUUGGCAGCGGGAGGAACCAAGAUGCAACUGUGUGUUAUCUUGUAUUUUUGUUUUAAAAAGUUUUUGUUAUUCUUUUAUACUGCUAAACUUUGAAUUUAAUCUUCUUUAUAGAUUAAAAGAUCAGUAUGUUAUCAAA